GUCAAGAUGAAUUUUAUGAGUUUAUUUAAAGAAAAAAGUGGUAUUUUAAACAUUUUUAAAAGAUACAAGAGCAAACACAAAAUAUACUCUCACAUAUACGAUUGCGUCGUCGUCGGAGCCGGCGGAGCGGGUUUAAGGGCCGCUUAUGGUCUGGUGCAAAAGGGCUUCAAAACCGCCUGCAUCACCAAAAUUUUCCCCACCAGAUCCCACACAGUGGCCGCCCAAGGAGGCAUCAACGCCGCCCUAAGUCACGCCGAAAACGAUUGCUGGCUGUGGCACAAUUUCGAUACAGUAAAAGGCUCCGACUGGCUGGGCGACCAGGAUGCCAUCCACUACAUGACCAAAGAUGCCCCCAGGGCUGUUCUGGAGCUGGAAAACAUCGGAUUGCCCUUCUCCAGGAACAAAGACGGAAGGAUUUAUCAGCGAGCUUUCGGCGGGCAAUCCUUGAAAUACGGCGAAGGCGGUCAAGCUCACAGAACUGCAGCAGCCGCAGAUGCUACCGGUCACUACAUGCUGCACGCCCUCUACGGACAAGCCGUUAAAUACAAAGUGAAAUUUUUUAUAGAAUAUUACGUGCUCGAUUUACUCAUGAACGGUAACGUUUGCAACGGCGUACUAGCGUGGAAUUUAGACAUGGGAACGAUACACAAGUUCUACGCCAACCACACUAUAAUAGCCACCGGCGGCAACGAAAGGGCCUAUUUCUCCUGCACGGCGGCGCAUUCGUCCACCGGAGACGGCACGGCGAUGGUGACCAGAGCCGGGAUUCCCCUGCAAGACUUGGAAUUCGUGCAAUUCCACCCUACCGGCAUCUACGGUUGCGGCGUUUUGAUAACGGAGGGCGCGAGAGGCGAGGGCGGCUUCCUGCUCAACGACAAGGGCGAGCGCUUCAUGGAGAAGUACGCUCCAAAGGCGCGCGAUCUCGCCUCCAGGGACGUGGUGUCCCGGUCCAUGGCCAAGGAGAUACUCGAAGGUCGAGGUUGCGGUCCCAAUAAGGAGUAUAUUCACUUGCAAUUGAGCCACAUACCGCACGAGAAGAUCAUCAAGCAACUUCCGGGUAUCAAGCAGACCGCCUGGGAUUUCGCUGGAGUGGAUAUUUUGAAGCAACCCAUACCGAUCGUUCCUACUGUGCAUUAUGCUAUGGGCGGUAUACCCACGAAUUACCAAGGACGCGUCAAGACGCAGGUGGACGGCAAGGAUAAAUUCGUCGAAGGAUUGUACGCUUGCGGCGAGUGCGCCUGCGUCUCCGUGCACGGCGCCAACAGAUUGGGCGCCAAUUCGCUGCUGGAGACCGUCGUCUUCGGCAAAGCCAUCGCCGACGUCAUCGACAGGCUCGAUGCACCAGGAAAUACCAUUUGCGUUUGCGAGAAUUUGGGCGAGGAGUCUCUGGAAAACUUCGAAGAACUGCGAAUGGCGAGCGGCCGUCGGACCGUCGGCGUGGCCCGAUUGGAACUCCAGAGAACUAUGCAGAAGUACGCCGGAGUUUUCCGAACCGAAAAACUACUGUCGACGGGUUGCAAGAAGGUCGGACAACUUUACAAUCGAUUGAAAGAAGUCGGGAUCAAAGACAGGGGAUUGAUUUGGAACACCGAUUUAGUGGAUUCGUUGGAAUUGCAAAAUUUGUUCAUCAACGCCAUACAGGCCAUCAAUGCUAUGAAGAACAGGAAAGAGUCGAGAGGGGCUCAUGCAAGGGACGAUUUCCCUAAAAGAAUGGACGAAUUUGAUUAUUCGAAGCCCAUCGAUUGCCAGGAGAAGAAGCCCAUCGAGAAGCAUUGGCGGAAGCACACGCUCACCUGGAUGGAUCUUUGCAGCGGCAAGGUAGUAAAAUUUCCAUUUCGAUCAUUUCCAGAAGUGGGAUUAGAAAAUUGCGGAUCAGAAGUGGGACCGCGGAGAUUCCGGGAAAUGUAAACAACGUUUGCUUUUAUUUCCAGGUCAAAUUUACAUACAGAAAAGUAAACGAUUUUACUUUAAACGAAAAGGAGUGCCCCUUCACCCCGCCUAAAAUCAGAGUUUAUUAACCGAUUUAUUUAUACAAUGAUAUUUUUUUUAAUAAAACGUGC